UCUCCUGGCCGCCGCCGCUUUAGGGGCCCGCCUGCCUCUCACGGGACGGCGCCGGGCGCGCUGAGCUGCGCCUCCGCGGGAGGGCGCGGAAACCGGGCGGGCGGGAGGCCUUGCUGCUGGGGGCCGUCCCCGUCGCCCGGGCCUGCUCUGACGGCUGUCCCCUCACAGGGGCAGAAGACGAGGGCGGCGAGGAGGGGCUCUCCCUCCCCUCGGGCGGCCCUUCCCUUCCCAGCAGCCCGGGGCGCCCUCAGAGGGCCUGCCGUGCCGUGUGUGCUCCCCCCUCCCCGGUCCAGGCUGAGCCCCCCCCUUCCCUCUGGCACUCUGGGGGCAGUUUCGACCCCCCCCCCCGUAUUAUUCGGAUUUCUUCCCUUUGUGGUGUGCGGUAGUCUGCUUGGUGUUUUCAGUCUUCCUGUCCCUUCUACCCCCACCCCGCUCCUUUUAGGUUUGAGGAUUUUGAUUUUAAGAGAAAUUUAAUCUCCAUCCCCCUUUCCAUCCCUCUCCUUUUUCUUAUUAUAAUUUAAAAAGGGGUGUGUGGGGGGGGGCCGUUUCUCUCUUUUCUUCCCUCCUCCCCUGCCAGGGUUUAGGAUUUUGAUUUCCACGCAGCUCAGUAUUGUUUUAUUUGGCCAUUCCAAUUUCCGUUUUAGUAUGAAUUUUAUUUUUAAACUGGAGGUUGGUGCACUUUUUUGUCUCGCCCUUUCCCCAUCCUCCAUUAGACCUGCAAGCCUUUAUUCCUUCCCCCCAAGGGAGCUCUAAUUUGCACAGACGUUCUCCUUGUGGGAGUCCUGACCCAUCUUCUCAUUAUUUGGGGUUUGUGUGUUGUGUACUUUUCAGAGUCCUGUUCUUCUGCACCGUACUGUACCCCUUGGGUGAAAUUUCAGUUCUUUGACGGCCCUUCUUCUCUGGUGUCAUGCAUCCUUUAUGACUUAUUUUUCUCUUUCUGGCUCUUUCUCUCCCUUUUCUUCCCUUGUGUCCCUAAACACAAUGCACACAGCCCACUCUGAUUCCCUCUCUUCUAUCCUUGUUGAUUCAAGCUGGAGCAGGCCUCUGCAGUCCUUCCUCUCAUUUCAGAGGUGAGUGCACACCCUGGCCUUAGAAAAUAAGUUUUGAUUCUCUGGAUGGUAGGACUUUGUAGGUGUCUUUGUGCCUUCCUUGUUUCUGCUACUGGAGUGAUCCAAAGCAUCUACUUUCAAGGAACCCCUCCCCCCCAAGAAAGCCUCUCUAACACUAAUCUGGAAUGAAGCCAGCUCAGUCACCGCACCUGGAUCACUUCUGGCUGCUGUGCAGAAAUCUUCCUCCUGGAGAACAGAUUUGGACUAAGCACCUCCUUCCAUCCAGGAGUUGUGAAUAUCCUGCGUCAGGUGCCGUUGGUGCCAUUUAUGUGACCAGUAAGGAGCAGGGCAAGGGGGUGUUUAUCUAAGCCUCACACUGGUGCAACCGCUACUUGCUAUUUGCUGGGACACUUUAAUGACUCUUUAUGUUUCCUUUUUCAAAAUGACUCCCAGAUGUUCGACUUCCCAUUUUACUUCCUCCGGAACAUCAGAAAAGUGUUAGUGGCAAGCGUGACAGGACGCUUGCUAUGGGACAAAGAGAAUUUGGGUGAGACUGAGCUCCACCAAAACAUUUGCUACCUGUCAGACCCUGUAUGGAGCCUUAGAAAGUGUGAAUUCUUCAUGCCUUUGUUUUUGUUUUGGAUAAAAACUCUGGCACGUGUUUCUUGCAUUUGAAUAAUACUUGAAGCCAAAUGUUUGUCAGUUUGGCCUGUGAUGGGUAAAUGCUACGCAGAAAAAAAGAGAAUCUGAAUACCAGCUUACAAAAAGAUGUCCAUGCCCUAAAUGACCUGUAUGUAGUUUGCUUCUUGGUGUAAGAUGAGCUAGUACUGGUUUUCCCUGUGGAAGAUUAAAGACAAGAACGUUAAAAAAAACCUUUUGGAUAUCUUUUCAGCUACUAAGUGAAACUUUUAAUUCAUUAUUUGCCAAAUGAACGUUAAUUGUUUCAUCAUGGAACAAGUAUUGUGCACCGGAACUGUGCCUUGAGCGAUCUUGUUUUGCCGGGCACAACACAUCUCCUGUGAAGCUUGCUGCCAGUCUUGAAGAUCGGUGUCUUGUUGUCUUGAGGAUACUUGCCUUUCCAUACUUUAUGGGUCAGCAGCCUGGAAAAGUUCUUGGGGACCAACGGAGGCCAAGUCUGCCUGCCCUGCACUUUAUCAAAGGAGCUGGGAAGAAGGAAACAUCCAGGCAUGGGGGGCCUCACUGUAAUGUCUUCCUAGAACAUGAAGCCCUUCAGAGGCCAGUAGCGUCCGAAUUUGAGCCCCAAGGACUGAGUGAAGCUGCCCGCUGGAACUCCAAGGAAAAUCUUCUUUCCAGCCCCGGUGAAAACGACCCCAACCUUUUUGUUGCCCUCUAUGAUUUUGUUGCAAGCGGGGACAACACUCUCAGUAUCACUAAAGGUGAAAAACUUCGUGUCUUGGGCUACAAUCAUAAUGGAGAAUGGUGUGAAGCCCAAACCAAGAAUGGUCAAGGCUGGGUUCCAAGCAAUUACAUUACCCCUGUGAACAGCUUGGAGAAGCACUCUUGGUACCAUGGGCCGGUUUCACGGAAUGCUGCCGAGUACCUCCUCAGCAGUGGAAUCAACGGCAGCUUUCUGGUGCGGGAGAGCGAGAGCAGCCCAGGGCAGAGAUCAAUCUCCCUGCGGUACGAGGGAAGGGUUUACCACUACAGGAUAAACACUGCAUCUGAUGGGAAGCUGUAUGUCUCCUCUGAGAGCCGCUUCAACACUUUGGCUGAGCUGGUCCACCACCACUCGACGGUUGCUGAUGGGCUGAUCACCACUCUCCACUAUCCGGCCCCCAAGCGGAACAAGCCAACCAUCUACGGCGUCUCCCCAAACUAUGACAAGUGGGAAAUUGAGCGAACCGACAUCACCAUGAAGCAUAAGCUGGGAGGGGGUCAGUAUGGGGAGGUCUACGAAGGAGUCUGGAAGAAGUAUAACCUGACGGUGGCUGUGAAGACCUUGAAGGAGGACACCAUGGAGGUGGAAGAAUUCUUGAAAGAGGCGGCAGUAAUGAAGGAGAUCAAGCAUCCGAACUUGGUGCAAUUACUGGGGGUGUGCACCCGGGAGCCUCCGUUCUACAUCAUAACUGAAUUCAUGACCUAUGGGAACCUGCUGGAUUACCUGCGUGACUGCAACAGGCAGGAGGUCAAUGCCGUGGUGCUCCUGUACAUGGCAACCCAGAUCUCCUCUGCCAUGGAGUACCUGGAGAAGAAGAAUUUCAUCCACAGGGAUCUCGCUGCCCGUAACUGCCUUGUAGGGGAGAACCAUCUAGUGAAGGUGGCCGACUUUGGCCUGAGCAGGCUGAUGACGGGAGACACAUACACAGCCCAUGCUGGAGCCAAGUUCCCUAUCAAGUGGACUGCACCGGAAAGCCUCGCUUACAACAAGUUUUCCAUUAAAUCUGAUGUCUGGGCUUUCGGUGUCUUACUGUGGGAAAUCGCAACGUACGGCAUGUCCCCUUACCCCGGGAUUGACCUCUCACAGGUCUACGAACUUCUGGAGAAGGAUUAUCGUAUGGAGCGCCCGGAAGGCUGUCCAGAGAAAGUCUAUGAGCUCAUGACAGCAUGCUGGCAGUGGAGCCCUUCCGAUCGGCCUUCCUUUGCUGAAAUCCACCAAGCGUUUGAAACGAUGUUCCAAGAAUCCAGCAUCUCUGACGAGGUGGAAAAAGAGCUGGGGAAGCAAGGGACGAGGAGCGUCGUGAACACUUUACUGCAAGCUCCAGAAUUGCCCACGAAAACCAGAACAUCCAGACGAGCAGCUGAGUGCAAAGACGCCAGUGAAAGCUUGGAGACUGUGGCCCCCAAAGGCCCGGGGGAAUGUGAUUCCUCAGAGCACGAACCGGCUGUUUCUCCCUUGCUGCCGAGGAAGGAAAGAGUCAUCACAGAGAGCGUUCUAAAUGAAGAUGACCGCUUGCUCCCCAAGGACAAAAAGACCAACCUCUUCAGUGCUCUGAUUAAGAAGAAGAAGAAGAUGGCCCCCACCCCGCCAAAGCGCAGCAGUUCCUUCCGGGAGGUGGACAGCCACCUGGACCGGAAGGGAGGAGGGUGCGAGGAUGAGAACCGGGAUGCCAGCAAUGGAGCCGUGAUCGUGCACCCUGCCGACAUAGAGGAUCGUUCCAGGUUUCAGAGCCCCAGCGGUGAGGCUGGAGUCACCAACGGGAGUGUGGCUGGGAACUCAGGAUUGCUGUCCCCCCACCUCUGGAAAAAAUCCAGCCAUGCGACCAGCGGCCGGCAGGGGGCCAACGAAGAGGAGGGCAGCUUGAACUCCAGCAAGCGCUUCCUGCGGUCGUGCUCGGCCUCUUGUGUUCCCCAUGGGGCCAAAGACACGGAGUGGAAGUCUGUCACGCUACCCCGGAACAUGCAGUCCACAGGGCGUCACUUUGAUUCAUCCACCUUUGGUGGGCACAAGAGCGAGAAGCCCGCCCUGCCUCGAAAGCGAACCAAUGAGACCAAGGCGGACCUGGCCGUCAGGGGAACAGUGACCCCGCCUCCUCGGCUGCUCAAGAAAAAUGAGGAGGUGCCUGAGGAUGCGCUCAAAGAUACCGAGUCUAGCCCUGGCUCCAGCCCGCCCACCUUGACGCCGAAACUUGGAAGGAGGCAGCCCCUCGUCCCUCCGGCCACAAACCUUUCUUACAAAGAGGAUGCUGGGAAAACCAGUGCCCUGGGAGGUGGCUUGGUGGUGGAGCAGGGCCCUAGUGCCAAAGCUGGCAUGGGCAUCUUCGUUAGCAAGGCUUCUGCCGAUGAGCCCCGAGGGAGAAAGAUUAAGCAGGCCUCUGAGAAGGACAAGGGGAAAACAGCCAAGCUGAAGCCCGCUCCCCCUCCGCCUCUUUCCUCAAAUGCUGUUGGCAAAGCGAGCAAAGGAGGCCUUGGCCCUGGCCAUGAAGGACCUGAUGCAUUCGGGACGAAGGGUAAGCUGCCGGCUCAGGCUAUGGACGCUGUGAAUGUUGAGACCCCGAAGCCUAACGCGAUAGUGGAGGGGGUGAAGAAGCCUGUGAUCUCCUCCGUACCAAAGCCCCCUUCUUCCACAAAGGUACUGCUGACGACAGCAGCUCCCACCGCCGUUUUCUCUGUCCCCACCACCUCAUCUGCCCCAAGCAUGGACCAGUCAGCCUCCACUGCCUUCAUCCCUCUCAUUUCCACUCGUGUGUCCCUGCGGAAGACCCGCCAACCCCCCGAAAAGAUUGCCAGUGGCACCAUCACGAAGGCCAUGGUCUUGGAGAGCACAGAGGCCUUGCGAACAGCCAUCAGCAAGAACUCGGAGCAGAUGGCCAGCCACAGCGCUGUCCUGGAGGCCGGCAAGAACCUCUACACCUUCUGCAUGAGCUACGUUGAUUCCAUCCAGCAGAUGCGGAACAAGUUUGCCUUCCGCGAAGCCAUCAACAAGCUGGAGAACAACCUCCGGGAGCUUCAGAUCUGCCCUGCCACGGCUGGUGGAGGACCUGCCGCCACCCAAGACUUUAGCAAGUUGCUCAGCUCCGUGAAAGAAAUCAGCGAUAUUGUCCAGAGGUAGCAGAAGCCAGGAGUUCUUUUGUUCUUUAAAAUUUGUUCCUGGGGGUCAGAAUUGACUGCGGAGUUGACUUGAGGCAUUAAGGGCAAAACAGUCAAGGAUGUAUAAGAAGCCCUGGCAGAGGGCGGGGGGCAUCACUGGGGGCUGGCUGUUUCGGUGCCUAAGGUGGAAAAUCCAGGCGGACCCCAUGCGUUCUGAUUAACGCAGGAUACGUGCUCUUGCGCCACUCCUUUGCCAUUGGCCUCGAGCAGGAGAGCGUCCCAGCAGGUUGUGCCUCUGGAUCCUGCGUUGCUGCCUUUCUGAUGGCAUUGCCAACCCACUGCUUGAGAUGGCUGCCUUACCUGCCCCUCCUGCCCCCCACCAAGGUGUGGCAACAUGCCUGGCUGUUUGUCAAGGGCCAGGGACUCACAGGGGGGGCUCUUCCCCCUCCUCUCUUCCCUGCCACCUCUCGCAUCCUCAGAGUCCUCUCAUAGUUGAUGAGUUCUUGCCUUGGGGAUUUCCAGGUCUUAACCCAUUGAUGUCCCCUCGCCUUCAUAUUCUUACUAACGUUGUAUUAUUCUUUGGACUGAGCUGCCUGAUGGAUGUAAUUGCCCUGCCCUUCUGCCCUGGAGAAAUCCCUUCUGUUUUCUCUCUGGAUGGAGCACUUUCAUAGCAAAAUUCAUCCAGUCUGCCGUCCUGUUUCCCCUUUUUUUGCCCCAGCCCCCAAAGAUGUUCAUUUGUGGUGAGGCUGGUGUUCACGCCACAUUCCAGGCAGUUUUUACAAUUGUCUUCCUUAGCAUUAAGUUCUUUCUAAAAGCCUCCAUGAAACAUUUUGGGAUUGGGAAGAAACAGCCAGGCCACCAAUUAAAGCUACAGUUCCUGAAUUAUGUUCUGGAACAGGGGUCAGUGGAGAACUUCUAGACUGCUUCUAGAAAUAAACUUACAAAAAAGAUUCCAGUGAACCUGAAACGCUCACCCACAGAGGAACCUGCGUGUUGCCUCUCUGCGUGACUCCCUGCCUUUCAGCCAACCAGCACUGCAGGCUAAUAGUUUUGCCAUGUGUCUACCAUGAUUGAUACCGGGCCCUUUAUUCACACCUGAGGCAGGAGCAUGGCAAAAUUGACCGUAGGGGAGGCUGCCAGCUGUAUCUCCAUCUCUCUUCCGAUACCGGUAACUUUUCCGUGACCUUCCCCCUUGUAGUUCAGGACAGCGUGCAUGGUUCUCCUGUCCUCCAUUGUAUCUCCCCAACAACCCUGUGAGGGUGGGUUAACUCAUCCAGUAAGCUUCAUAUCUGAGUUGGGGGUGUCCCCCCCCCAAGAUGACCCUCUAGCUACUAUUCCCCACAGGCAGGUUAGUGCAUGAAACCCUAUUCUGGGCUGGCAUUGUUCCUGUAAGGGAGAUAUGUUCAGGACAGCGACUUGAACUGAGGCACAAGAGCUGGGUUCCUCUGAGGAAUGGCGAGUCUUGUUGUGGCACACUUAAAGAUAGACCUUGAGUAAUGGUGGGGAGAUAAGAAUGAAGGCUGCCUCCAUUUUAAUGCUGUUAAAAGUGUUCUUAGUGACCCGAAGCAAGGGAAUGCAGGGCAGAAGUGGCCAGCCAGUUGUCGCUGAGAGCUAAAACACAUGAGACUAAUUACACGAGGAUGCUCAAGUGAAGGGAGACGCAAUGUUAGCCGGGAAGCCGAGUUUUUAAAAGACCGAUCGGAAGGCUUUGUCAGUUUCCUCUCUCUCCAGAGCCACCAAGAUGGAUCCUCAGAGGGUUUGUUUAUUUCCUCUUCGCCUUCCAGCCACCAAGCCUCAGUGCGCAGCCAGUGAAUUGCAGAGGAGCCCAUCAUCCUUGCACACUUGCCCGUCUUCCCCAUUCGCUGCCCUCCAUCACCACCGCCACUAGUUUCCUAGUCCUGGUUUCCACAUUCCUUACAAUUUUGCUCACGGGCCAGUUAUGGCCGAGCUUUCUCGGUAACCAAGUAACGCUAUUUCAGGCUGUUAAUGGCCAUUUAGCUCCUUCAGUUGGAAGGCAGGUGAGAAAGAGCAAAAUGGCCUCCCCAUCUUUGUGUUUGUCUUCAACGCUAACCGCUUUUAAUUGAUGACCCCCCUCCCUUUCUUUAAACAAUUCCAUCUUUCAGCCUCUUCUCCCACUUCUUUGCCAAACCGUCACAAUCUUUUCUGUACGUGACGAACAAAAAUAUGAAACACGACCACAGGCUGUCUUUGAAAACACAUAUGCACAGUAAAAGAAGGACCCCCCCCCCAAAAGAUUCCGUUUCCUCAUGGACUGUACUAUUUUCAAAGGGUGCCGUUCUCAUUUGGUUGAUAAUCUAUUCUUGCCACUAUAGUAUGCAUUUGUAUCUCAGUAUUACACCUUUGUGUAGGCCUUUUCUUCUUUUCUCUUUUGCCAUUUGUAAAUAGCUGCUGUCUCUCUUUCACUUCUCUAAUACCUGCAGAGCCUGUUUUCUCCUUUCUCUGCCCAGCUUUUGAUUGUCCAGCACAGACACUCUCUCUCUCUCUCUCUCUCUCUCUCUCUCUCUCUCUCUCUCUCUCUCUCUCUCUCUCUCUCUCUCUUUUCUGUACAUGGCUUUUUCUGUCUCUGACUUUGUGUUUGUUGUUUUAAACAAUUCCAG